AUGGCUACAAAACUUAUGAUAUCUGAAAUCGGAUUUGAGGAGUGGAUGGAUGGAUCGAUUAAUAUUAAAGAGAUCUCCCAAAAUAGUGAAAUUUUUCAUCAAUAUGAUAAGUUCGAAAAUUUUGAAGUUAUUGGAAAUGGAUCACGAGGAGUUAUUCGAAAAGCAUUUUCUAUAACUUAUCAAAAAAAUGUGGUAUUAAAAGAAAUAUCACAAUCUCAGAAUUAUUCUUUAAGAGAACUUAUUAAUGAUGUUCAAAAAUAUCAAAAAAUAGAUAAUCAUGAUAAUAUUUUAAAAUUAUUUGGCUUAACAACACAAGAGUACUUGCAAAAUAUUAAAACUUUUAAACUUACAAAACGUUCAGACAUUUAUAGUCUUGGAGUUUUGUUUUGGGAACUUUCUAGUGGAAUGAUUCCAUUUGAAUCCGAGACGUUAUCAGAUCUUAAUCUUUUAAAUUCUAUUAUACAAGGAAAACGUGAAACAGUAGUUGAUGGCACACCACGUGCAUUUGUUAAAAUAUAUACAGAUUGUUGGCAGUUUAAAUCAAAACACCGCCCAAACAUAAAUCAAAUUUUCCAAAGUCUUCAAGAUGUUAACUUAUCUGAUACCAUUCAAACGGAGAAUAUAUCACCAGAUUUAUCUGUUAAGAAAGUGCAAAAUGAGAAGAAAAUUAAAUUAAAAGUCGAUAGUAAAGGUAUACAGGAUUUAAUACAAGCUUAUCAAGAUCAGUACGACAAUAAGGCUAAAGAAUUAGAUCUGCUUGGAACAUUUUUAAAGACAUUAAAACAAUCAGAUAACGCGCGGAACUCUUUUUCAAAUUCAUUAAUAAUGACGAGCGUUAAUCAAUCAAAAUUAAUUAUAGAUAAAAUUCAAAAUACUAUAGGAGAGUUAACAGCAUCUAAUGUUUCCGACAAACUUUAUGAGAACUCCGCAAAUAUAUCAUCCUCGUCACAAUUCGGUAAUUUAGAAAAAAUCUCCAACAAUUCUCAUGAAUCAGCUUCAGAUAAAUUAUCAUCUUUUAAAUUCAUUUUGGAUUUAUUUCAAUAUUUUUUUAAGAAUUUUGAUACAUACGAACAACAUAAUUCAAUAAGGCCUAACUUAAUUAAAUAUUUUCAAAAUAAUAACAAAAACCCGGCAAAUAUUCUUAACCAUUUAAUUGAUCACAAACAUCAUUUAUAUUUUACUGGUAUUAUUGGAUUUUUUUUUCAAUACGGAAUUGGAACUACGAUUAAUCAUAAAAAAGCGAUUGAAAUGUAUGCAAAAGUGACAGAACUUAAGGAUACUUUUGAUAACGCUCAAUUUCUCUAG